AUGUGGACGACCACCAGCGGCUUGAAUGGUCGGUCGCUCCGCCUGAGCAUCACCAUCGCCGCUGUCAUGGGUUUCUCGCUCUUUGGCUACAACCAGGGCAUGAUGGCCGGCCUGCUCAACGGCGAGGAGUUCGUAAACUCUUUCCCGAUCAUUAGAAUGCCCGACCCUGCGACUCCGGCACAAACACACUACAUCAACGUCAUCCGCGGUGCGAUCACAGCUUGCUAUGAGCUGGGCUGUUUCUUCGGCGCCUUGUUCUCCAUGUUCUUCGGCGACAGACUCGGCCGCACUACCCUGAUCUUUAUGGGUGCUAAUAUCCUGAUCGUUGGUGCUUUGAUUACAACGGUGUGCUUUACUGGCCAUUGGGAGGUCGGUCAGUUCGUCAUCGGCCGUGUUGUAUCAGGCAUUGGAAAUGGAAUGAACACGGCCACGAUCCCUGUGUGGCAAUCGGAAUGCUCAGGUGCCCACAACCGUGGCUUCCUGGUUUGUUUCGAAGGUGCCAUGAUCGCCGGUGGUACUUUUAUUGCCUACUGGGUGGUCUUUGGCCUCUCGCACGCUGCUGAUACUGUUCAGUGGCGAUUCCCUAUCGCGCUUCAGAUCUUGUUUGCUAUGACGGUGGCAACCGGUGCCUUGUUGCUCCCAGAUUCCCCCUCAUGGUUUGUGAGCAGAGGACAUGACAAGGAAGCUUGUGAAGUCCUCGCUAAGCUCAAUGGCACCACGCCCGAUUCCGAGAAGGUCCUUCACGACUUCAACUUCUUGAAGACGGACGUGGAAUCCUCGAAGAGCUCACAGUCAAGCUGGAAGGCGGUAUUCACAUUCGGCAAGACCCAGGAAUUCCAGCGUCUUCUUAUUGGUUGCUCCGGCCAGUUCUUCCAGCAGUUCACCGGCUGUAACGCCGCUAUCUACUACUCAACCCUACUUUUCGAGGAAAACCUGCAAAUGGAGAAAUACCUAUCUCUCAUCAUGGGUGGUAUUUUCGCUACCGUUUACGCCAUUGCGACUAUCCCAUCCUUCUUCAUGAUUGAGAGAGUUGGCCGCCGUAACCUAUACUUGAUUGGUUUCUUGGGUCAGGGUCUCAGUUUUGUUAUCACAUUCGCUUGCUUGAUCAAGGAGAGCGAGAACAACGCUAAGGGUGCUGCCGUUGGUAUCUUCCUUUUCAUCAUCAACCCCCUCCGUACCCGUACUGUGGGUGCGGCGGCGUCGACUUGCACCAACUGGAUCUGCAACUUCGCCGUCGUCAUGUUCACGCCGCUCUUCGCUGGCCAGAGCCCAUGGGGUGUUUACCUCUUCUUCGCACUUUUCAACUUCCUCGGCUUGAUCUUCGGCUUCUUCUUCUACGUUGAAACUGCCGGUCGUGAGCUUGAAGAGAUCGACAUCAUCUACGCCAAGGCCCACGUCGAAGGCAAGAUGCCGUUCAGGGUUGCCGGCUCCAUGCCCAAGCUCAAUUUCGAGGAGAUUGUGCAGCAGUCCCGCGACCUUGGCUUGGAUACCAACGACCAUGGUGCACCUGAGAAGACCGAGCUCGGUCUCAGCAGUGACAGUGGCCAGGAGAUCGAGGAGGUCCGCGAGAAAUAG